UUGGUAUGUUAACAUCAUGAGCUAAUCUUUUUUACAUGGCUGACAGCUAUGUUCUGUUUCAUUAGUAAAGAUGAGUGUAUUGCACAGCCAUACAAGUAUACAACCAAAUACACCGUUAAUUAAUGCAACUGUGGUGCCAAGACUUGACUCAUGUGCUUCCUUGUAAGUUCCAUAUCCGUGGAGACCCUAUCAUCCUAGUUGUUACUUGGUAAUGCUAGCUGGUUUCGGUGCAUAGUUUAACUCUCUCUCGUUUGCUGCCUCCCUUGCUUUCUGUCUUCCUAGUUCCUUCCUUUUGAUGCAUUAUUAUUGCCCUUCAUUCCUCUAAGUCCAUCUGUUUGGUUUCUCCCCUGCGCAAGGCCUGCUUUUGCUCCUGCCAUUGCCGUGCUGUCUUAGGUGUGCGGGAGAGAUGUCGGGGUUGCUUGGCACGGUUGUUGAUGCGGCAAUAGGAUGGCUGGUGGAAAGCAUCCUUGGGAACUUCUUCACUGGACAUAUGGAAUCCUGGAUUCGUGAAAUUGGGCUUGCCGAAGAUGUGGAGAAGCUUAAAUUUCAGAUGAGGUACGUGCAGAUGGUUCUUGCUGCUGCCAAGGGAAGGAGGAUUGACAAUAUGCCUCUGGCCCAGUCACUGGAUGAUCUCAGAGAGCUGCUUUAUGACUCAGAGGACGUGAUGGAUGAGCUCGACUACUACCGACUCCAGCAACAGAUUGAAGAAGGGAAAGGUUGUACUGCUCCUACUGGUACUAAUCCUGAUGGAAGCUAUGUGUCCUCAUCCACUCUAUCUUCUGUUGUUAAAUUAGUACUCAGCGCCACAAGCCAAAUAACUGUUUGGAUCUCACGCGGUAGAAAAAGGAAACGUGAAGAGGAAGGACCAGCUCAUUGUAACAUACUGCCUUUUGAGAUUAAAGAUAACAUUUCUAAGAGGAUCAAUGUAAUAGUGAAUCUUCUACACAGUAAUGGCAAUUCUGUGCAGGGGGCUCUUCAGCUUGAGAUCUUGCGCCCCAUGGCAGCAUCAAGUAAGAGUCAGAAUAUUACCAGAAAUGCUCACAUGACAACUUCUCAUUCAAUUGAACGUCAGGUGUAUGGGAGGGAUGCAGAAAGAGAUGAGAUAAUAGAUCUAUUGAUAAAGGGGGGAUCUAGUGAUCUGAAUGUUUUACCAGUGGUUGGCAUUGGUGGUAUUGGGAAGACGACGCUGGCUAGAUAUGUAUACCAUGAUGAAAGAAUUAUAAAUCAUUUCGAUUUGAAAAUGUGGAUUUGUGUAUCCACAAACUUCAGUGAAAGGAGAUUGACAAUUGAGAUCUUAGAGCAUGUCUGUAAAGAUAGACAAGAGUACGAAAAUGUAAGCAAUUUCAAUGUACUACAGGACAUCCUUUUGAAGUACAUCAGAAAGAAAAGAUUUCUGCUCGUAUUGGAUGACAUGUGGGAAGACAAGGACAAGAUUGGAUGGAUUAAACUCUUGGCUCCAUUAAAAGGUAAUAAAGUAAGUGGUUGCAUGAUACUAGCAACAACCAGAAUGAAAUCAGUUGCAGAAAUGAUACAAACGAUGGAUGAAGUCAGAAUGAGUGGCCUCAAUGAAAAGGAAUUUUGGCUGUUAUUCAAGGCAUGUGCAUUUGGUAAUGAGAACUAUGAGGGUGAUCCUUAUUUGCAGUCUAUUGGCAAACAGAUUGCUAAAGCACUAAAGGGCUGCCCACUUGCUGCACAAAGUGUCGGCGCACUUUUGAACAUAAGUGUUAGCGAUAAGCAUUGGAGGACAGUUCGGGACAAAUGGAGAUCUCUUCAAGAAGAUGCUGAUGAUAUUUUACCUGUCUUGAAGCUCAGUUAUGAUUAUCUACCUGUCUACCUUCAACAUUGUUUCUCGUAUUGCUCUCUAUUUCCAGAGGACAAACAAUUUGAUGGGAAAGAAUUGGUCCAUGCUUGGAUAUCACAGAAUUUUGUGCGGUGUGAAGACCCUACCAUGAAAUUGGAGGAAACAGGGCAGCGAUAUUUGGAUAGAUUAGUUGAUUUGUGCUUCUUCCAAAAGGUUGGCUCAAAGUAUGUUUUGCAUGAUCUAAUGCAUGAAUUGGCAGGGAAAGUUUCAUCAAAUGAGUGUGCAACUGUACAUGGAUUGAAACAUGAGGAAAUUCGAUCAAGUGUUCGCCAUUUGUCAAUCAUUACUACUGCUUUUGAUAAAGAUAAACUUGACAGUUUUCCUAUUGAGAAGUUUGAUAAAAUACUUCAGAAGGUUGGACCUUCACAUAAAUUGAGGACUUUGAUGUUGUUUGGGCGAAGCAGCAUAAAUUUAUUAAGGUCCUUGCAUACUUUAUGCAGGGAGGCAAAAUGUUUGAGGUUCCUAAGAAUUUAUGUGACAGAUGCUGACAUCAGCUCUAUACUCAGUUUGUUAAAUCCAUACCAUCUUCGCUAUGUUAAAUAUAUUCAUGUUGUCAUUACAGACAGAUCAUUGUAUAGAGUCUACGACAACAAUGUGUUUCCUCAAGCAUUGACAAGAUUUUAUCACCUUCAAGUAUUGAAUGCUGGUAUUUCAGGCAAUUUUCCUGUGCCUACUGAUAUGCAUAAUCUUGUUAAUUUGCGCCAUCUUAUUUCUCAUGAGAAAGUGCAUCAGGCAAUAGCUUGUGUUGGCAAUAUGACCUCUCUUCAGGAACUAAGUUUCAAGGUUCAAAAUGGUGGUAGUUUUGAGAUAAGACAACUUCAGUCCCUGAAUGAGCUUGUAGUACUUCAAAUUUCUCAACUUGAAAAUGUGAAUACUAAAGAAGAGGCCAGUGCGGCCAGCCUGUUAGACAAAGAGUAUCUAGAAGCAUUGUCCUUGUCAUGGGAGGAUAACAGUACGAGCCUUCAACCAGAGGCAGCAAAGGAUGUGCUUGAAGGUCUUCAACCACAUCAGGAUCUCAAAACUCUAGAAAUAACUGGGUACGGUGGUGCUACCUCCCCAACCUGGCUUUCUAAUACUUCCUCACUCAUCUUACUGCGGACACUUCAUCUAGAGAAGUGCAGGGAAUGGCAAAUUCUUCCAACUCCUGAAAUGCUUCCUUUCCUUAGGAAGUUAACGUUGAUCAGGAUGUUUAAUUUAUUGGAAAUCUCAGUUCCUUCCUUGGAAGAGUUGAUCUUGAUCGAUAUGCCAAAAUUGGAAAAAUGUACCGGUUCUUAUGGAAUGGAAUUGACCUACAAUUUAAGGGUUUUGAUGAUCAAGAACUGCCCUCAGCUGAAUGAGCUCACUCUUUUCCAGAGUUACUCUUCUUUCGACGCUGAGCAGAAAUCAUGGUUUCCAUCUCUCAGGAAACUCUCCAUCGGGCAGUGUCCUCAUAUAUUGAACAACUGGUCACUCCUUCCACUAGGGGAAAUGGGGGCGCUCAAGGAGUUGGAGUUGAUGGACCUGCAUGUCGUGAGAGAAUUGGCAGUUCCUUCUCUGGAGAAGUUGGUGUUGAUUAAAAUGCCAAGCCUGGAAGUUUGCAGCAGUCUAACAACUUCUCCACCUCUGCAACUCUUACCUUCCCAAGGAGAUCAAAAGGGAUGGCUAUUGAGUCUCCUUGGACUCACCAUCCAUGAGUGUCCUUCUUUGAUAGUGUCGCACCCUCUUCCGCCUUCUGCUCUAGUUUCUGAGUUUUCCAUGAGGGGUGUUUCGACACUUCCAACAAUGAGGAUAAAGUACGGAUGGUUCAAAAUCGAAUCUAAUGUAUUGAGUGUGCUAGAUAACAGUAUCUUGGCAUUCCAUAAUCUUCGGGGCAUAAGACGGUUGCGCAUAGAAAACUGUCCAAACCUGGUCUCUCUUUCAAGUGAAGCUUUCAGGCAGCUCACCGCUUUGGAGCACUUAGUUAUAAAGGACUGCCCUAAUCUGACUAUGUCAAACAUUAUGCCAGAGGUUGUCCAGGAAAACAGCACGUCUGCAAGCAGCCUUGUCCCCCCAUCUCUCAGAUCUGUCAACAUUAGCACAUGUGGCGUUACUGGGAGGUGGCUAUCUCAACUGCUUUCACAUUUGCAGUCCCUUGAGGAGUUGCUGUUAACUGACUGUCCGCAGGUGAAGUUUCUAUCUAUCAGUCAACCUACAGAAACGGAAGGAACCAGCAGUUUAGCUUCAGCAGUGAUGACCUCGGCCCAAGAUGAACAUGAAUUGAAACUGCCAUAUAAUCUCCUAUGUUCUCUCAAGGUGCUAUGGAUUCAGCAAAGCCUGGAUCUGGAGUCCUGUGGAGGUAGUAGAGACUUCACAGGAUUCACCUCUCUUACGGAGGUGGCUAACACAAAUGCUUUCACAUUCGCAAUCCCUUGAGGAG